AUGAUGAAAAUUAGAGGAACAAAGCGAAAGAUCCCAAUCGAGAAACGCGAGACGAAGCAACAACGAUCCUUGGCUUGCAAUAGACGCCGUAAAACCGUCUUCUCCAAAGCGGCCAAUCUUUGUCGUCUCUCCGGUGCCAGCAUCGCCGUCUUCGUGACUUCUCCCGCCGAGAGUAACGACGCCGUCUACUCCUUCUCCGGCUACUCUUCUGCCUACGAGAUCGCCGAUCGCUACCUCAACGGCAAGCCUCCUCCCGAGAUUAGUAACCCCCAAUCCAAGGUAGGGUUUCUGUGGGAAGACCCUGAUCUCUACCAUAACUGUGACGAUAUCUCCGAAUUGAAUAUCUUGGAGGAUCGUCUUGAGCGAAUGAAGGCAGAUGUUAUGGCUUGUCUUGAGAAGAAACAAAAACAACAACUUGUUUCUAAUUCCGAUCAAACCCCUGCUUCUUGUUCCGGGUCUUCUUCCCAACUCGUCUCUGAUCUCGAUCAAAACCCUAACUUGUCGCCUCCGUCUUUCUCGCAAAUUGCUUCUUUUGAUCGGAAUUCCUCUUACUCUUGUCUUGACCAGAUCGUUUCUUCUCAAGUAGCUGCUUUUGAUCAAAACCCUAACUUCUCCUCUGUUACAGGGAUACAAGGCGGCGAGUCAUCAUCACAAUGUCAUGAUGAUGAGAGUUUUUGGGAUCAAUUCUUGAACGACGUCGACAACGUGUUCGGUUCUGAUAGCGACUACUGUCUCAACCCUCAGGCGAACACCAACACUGAAGAGGAGGAUUACAUGAUCGAUAUUGGGGAUUAUUUGAACGAAGAAGAUUGCAUGAUCGAUAUUGGAGAUUAUUUGAACGAAGAAGAGAUCCAGUUUAGUCAGUUCACAGCUUCAAUCGUUCCUGUAGAUUUGGUUAAUUAG